AGAUGUUUUCAUAUUUAUGUCUCUGUUUUUCAGCUCGCCAAGAAAUACCAUCCAGAUGUCAAUAAGACCAAAGAAGCACAAGAGAAAUUUCAAGAGAUCUCAGAGGCGUACGAGGUGUUGAGUGACGACAACAAGCGGCAAGAAUACGACACGUUUGGAUCAAGUUCGUCAGCAGCUGGAGGUGCUGGUAGGGGACCUCAUGAAUGGCAGUACAAGAGCACUGUCGAUGUUAAUGAGAUCUUCCGACGUGCCUUUGGCUUCGGCGGGGAUGGUGGAUUCAACUGGGAUUCUUACGCGGACAGUCAGUUCGGUCAUUCACAGGCUCAAGAAAUGGUUAUGGAUAUAUCUUUCGAGGAAGCUGUGCGAGGUACACAAAAGAAUAUUUUUGUGAACGUAGUUGAAGAUUGUCCUCGAUGUCGUGGCACUCAAGUGGAGCCGGUUAUAAAAAGGUGUCAUGCCCGUAUUGCAAUGGUACUGGAAUGA